GUGACAUCUUCAUGACGGUCAUAUGAUUAUGGUUUAGCGAACAUGGCGUCACAUUUGUCUUACGGAAGAGUCAACUUAAACAUUUUGAGGGAAGCUGCACGAAAAGACUUACGGGAAUUUUUAGAUAAAUGCUCGGGGAGCAAGGCCAUUGUUUGGGACGAGUAUCUUACUGGACCUUUCGGGUUAAUUGCUCAGUAUUCCCUUUUGAAGGAGCAUGAAGUCGAGAAAAUGUUCACCCUCAAAGGGGGACGUAUACCAUCCGCUGCCGUCAAGAAUAUUGUAUUUUUUGUUCGACCAAAGUUGGAACUGAUGGACAUCAUUGCAGAAAAUGUUGCAAGUGAGGAUAAAUUACAACCACCACGGGAGUUCCAUAUCCUUUUUGUUCCUCGGCGGAGUCUUCUGUGUGAACAGCGGCUAAAGGAGAAAGGGAUUCUUAACUCUUUUACAAACAUUGAUGAGUACAUUCUGGACCUUAUCCCUUAUGAUGGAGAUCUUCUUUCAAUGGAGUCAGAGAGCUCCUUUAGGGAAUGUUAUUUAGAGAAUGAUCAGACAAGCCUGUAUCACACUGCCAAGGGCCUCAUGACUUUGCAAGCACUUUAUGGAACAAUACCCCAGAUCUUUGGCAAAGGGCAGUGCGCAAGGCAUGUGGCCAACAUGAUGUUGCGAAUGAAGAGAGAGUUUGCGGGGAGUUGUACUCAGGUCCUUCCUGUGUUCGAUACCCUCCUCCUGUUGGAUCGCAACGUGGACCUGCUAACACCAUUAUCCACACAGCUUACUUAUGAGGGUCUAAUUGAUGAGAUCUUUGGUAUCACCAAUGGUUAUGUGAAACUCCCGCCUGAGAAGUUUUCACAGAAGAAACAGGGAGAAGGUGGGAAAGAUCUCCCCACCGAGCCCAAAAAACUGCAACUCAACUCAGCUGAGGAGCUGUAUGCAGAAAUUCGUGACAAGAACUUUAAUGCUGUUGGAGCUGCUCUCAGCAAGAAAGCCAAGAUUAUAUCAGCUGCAUUUGAGGAACGACACAAUGCAAAAACUGUUGGGGAGAUCAAACAGUUUGUUUCCCAGUUGCCCCACAUGCAGGCAGCUCGGAGCUCGCUGGCUAAUCACACCUCCAUUGCUGAACUCAUUAAGGAUAUAACGACAUCAGAAGUCUUCUUUGACAGUUUGACAGUUGAACAAGAGUUUAUGACUGGAGUAGACACAGACAAGGUCAGCACAUAUAUAGAAGACUGCAUUGCACAAAAGGACCCACUUAUAAAAAUCCUGCGGCUGGUGUGCAUGCAGUCUGUCUGCAACAAUGGUCUCAAACAGAAAGUUCUUGACUACUAUAAGAGGGAGAUCCUUCAGACUUAUGGUUUCGAGUACAUUCUGACUCUCAACAACUUGGAAAAAGUUGGGUUGCUCAAACCUCAAAACACCAUGAGAAACAACUACCCUACAAUUAGGAAAACCCUUAAACUAUGGAUGGAGGAUGCCAAUGAACAGAACCCCAACGACAUCUCAUAUGUGUACAGUGGUUAUGCUCCACUGAGUGUACGUCUGACCCAAGUGCUAGCACGUCCUGGUUGGCGAAGCAUAGAGGAGGUGUUAAAGAUGUUGCCUGGUCCACACUUUGAGGAAAGACAGCAGCUUCCCACAGGCCUUCACAAGAAACGUCAGCCAGGAGAAAGCAGAACCACUCUUGUGUUCUUUCUUGGUGGUGUAACAUAUGCUGAAAUUGCUGCUCUGCGGUUCUUAUCUCAGAUGGAAGAUAGUGGGACAGAGUACAUUAUUGCAACCACCAAACUUAUCAAUGGUACCAGCUGGAUAAAGACUCUCAUUGACCACCCUGAAGCAAAUUUCCCCUAAAGCUGUUUUGCAAGCUGUAGGAUCUCGCUAUUAUCCAGACGCUACUUGUCAUCUGUCCCUCAUGAGCCUAAACUUUGAUGUUUUGCAUAUAUGUCAGCAAGCUAUAUUGAUGCAGUUGUUGAAACUAAUUUUCAGUGUGUGAAUAGAUAAUUGUGGAUACAAGUUCUGAUUGUGGUUUUGAAAUUGCCAUUGCCUGUUAUAAUACUAAUUUAUCUAAAUAAUGGAUUAUAUUGUUGGAAGCAUGUUUGAGAGGAAUUGAUAUACCAAAUUCGAGCAAUUCCCAUAACCAAACAUCAGUCUGCGAACACACUGAUUCUCUUGUCUAAAUGUACAUUUAGUUUCAACAUAAAACCUUCCCAGAAUAGUGGAAGUUGUUCUGCAAAGGGAGGACUCCCUAUUUAUGCCAAUGGUUUGCAAUUAAAUGUUCAACAAUCACAUAUGGUUGUGGUGUUUAGGUGGCUUUUGGUUAUAAAGUGUAUCCUCUCAACUCAAGUAAAAAGGUUUGAGUCAACAAGAAAUAUGGUGUAUCAUACUAAUUAGGCAUGCGAAGAUACACAGAUGUCACAAUAUGUCUGUUCCAAAUACUAGUGAGGCAGCACAUUAAAGUGUCAUUUUACUAUG